AUGGCACCAUCUACCGAGCACGGUGAGAUAGCUUGCGUGAAGCUUGCUCUGCCAGACCGGCCAGGCUCCCGGAGCCGAGUAGGCCAACGGUUCACCGGCCGUCUCUGGCGUCUCGUUUCUGUCUGUCCUGCCCGGAGGAGCCUCCAGACUGACGUCAGCCACCGGAAUGGUCGUGAGGCCGGGCUGUAUCACCACCAGCGAGAUGAAAGCGGCGGUGGCUCCGGCGCUCGGUGGCCAGUUGGCCUGGACGGAAAGGAGACGUGCGCCGAGCGCAACACUCGACACUCGCGAGUGCAUGGCAACCUCAUCAGACGACCCGUCCGGCUGUUCCCAAUGCGCGCAUGCGAAAUGUACGAGGCUGGGCCUAGAGCAUCCUGGAAGGGUCGGCCAUUGGCCCACUUGUCGGGCUGGGCUCGUGAUGAUGCAGUUACUGCCGGUGGACGCCACGAAUUGUCGCACUGUUGGCAGGAAAUACGUCAAACUCGAGCAAACAUCUGGUCAUGA